AUGCUCCAUCUCACACUCUCGUCGGACACUUCUUCCACGAUCUCGGUCUCUCUGGGCCUAGAUCGUGCACACAAGGAAGCUCGGAAAUCGGUAUGCACUGCGACACAGGACCAGGUAUCCAGAACAUGCCGAGCCAGACGGUGUGUGGUGUGGAGGCGUCUCCGGGCCAUCGCUCAUCCGCGGGCGUUGUAA